AUGUCGCCGCGGCAUGGGGAGUCGUUGAAAUCGAGGGAUUCUUUCAGAUCGUUGGAGCCGCAGACGAUUCACGACAAGGCUGCAGCGUGUAUGGCGGGGGUCAAUGGCGGUCGUUCUGACGGCCCCACCGACGCUUUCCUCGGCAGCCUGCUGCUCGCGGAUCCGGUCUGGGAUGACGGCGGCACAGUGGGCGCGCGUGGAGAGGAGCCAGGCAGCAAGCGUCGGGCAGUGCAGAGCCGGGAAGCGGCAAUGGAGCACACAGCAGCAGAGCGAGUAGCAUGGCAGGUCCACCCCUCCACAACACUCAGCACUCAGCACCCUGCUGCUCCCACUGCAGCAGCUGCCUUCCCUCCUAUGCCCACCACUAGUGUUGCCGCUGCUGCGUCAGGAGCCGCUGCACCUGCAAUGCCGUCCGCAUCCCAGGUGUCCUGGCAGGCUCGGAUCCGGACGGCCUGUCACAAGAAAUGGAUCCGUUCCUCCUCGCCCUCGCUGCUGUUGUACUCGCUGCCCCACACAACUCCUUUGCCGCCCUGCACUCCACCUGCUGCGGUGCCCUCUAUUGCUGCAGGACCGCAUGGCAGGGCUGCGGGCGCGCGUGGCAGCAGCAGUGAGUGCGGAGGGCGGGCGGGGCAGCGAGUGGCGCACUGCUUCCUGGACGCGCUCACCACCCGCUUGCACGGCACGGGCGCCCUCCGCCUCUACAACACCGCCUUCUCCUCCCCGGGCAUGCAGCAGUCGCGCCAUGUGUAUUUCACCACCGCACCCUUUCUGGAUAGCGUCGCUGGCCCCGGACAUCUCCCCUCCGGAUUCCCGUUAUGUCCUGCCCUUUUCUCCCGCCAGUAG